UUUAUUAUGGCACCAUUUUUAUGCUUAAUUGUAUUUUUUUCUUGAAAAAUAAUAUUAUAAAGGCCUGUAUGAUAAAAUACACACUAUGGUAGUAAAACACCUGCAGUUCAUGCUCCAAGAAUAAACCAACGGUUAAAAAAAACGCCCCAUAAUCAUUAGAGAGAGACUCUUCUAUGACUUUCUGAUGCCAAAAAUAAAUUUAAAAAAUAAAUAAAACAAGCCAGCGCUGCUAUCUGUGAUCAGGUAUAACCUGUUUAAAGCUACACAGCCUCCUUUGAGGAUUUCAGUGUUUUAUUAUGGGAUUGAUCUUCCUCCAGGGACUUCCUCUGCCUGCCUCCUGUCUGCCUCCAGCGGCUCAGUCCGGUCCACAGCUCUGCGGACGCAAUACCGCCCGACAUGUAAGUGACCACGUCUCGAUCUCUCUGCUGACAACACAACAUACGUCGAACAUCGAACCGGUUCUGUGACAUGCACUGAGCUGACAGCACAGUUUGCACUUCUUGUUUUCUUGUUUUCUUUCCUGAUCAGCGACGCACAUGUGGAGGAAGGGCGGCGGACUGCUGGCGCGUAAAAGCGUCGCGUUCUCUGCGCAGUUCGCAGCGUGUCUCUGAGGACACGAGCAGGCAGCUCCGUCAUGUUUGCAUAAAAAAAACCAAAACGUGCUGAGCUUCUGCGCUCAUGAAACCGAGCAUAGCAGCGACCCGCCCAAGUGAAGUUGGUUUCAGGUUGGAGUUGAGCUCCGUGAGCAGGUUUCAGCACAAUGAGGGCAGAAGAAAAGCAAACCCAGUUUUCCUUCCAUUCAGGGGAAAUGCGCAGUCCGUGUGAACAAACAUGCAUUCAGCUGCCUUCAGUGUGAAGCAGGAAAACUGUUGAGCUUCACAAUGACAGCUCCGGAGGCAGAACCCUCCCACGCAGGCGGACGAGCAGGCCACGAAGUGUUCACAUGUCACAGCCAGCGUGUUUAAGCCCAAAUAAGAUAAUAAUAACGUUUUUCUCUGCCAGAUCGUGCGUCAUGGCAUCUCCACUGCAGAGUCUGGUUAAUGAUGAUAGCAGAUACCUGAAAUCCUUCCAGCUCUUUUUGGAGCGCUCCUCUGAGCACCAGUGUAUGCGGGACUUCAUCCACCAGCAGCUGCCAGACAUACUGGCCAGCAUUGGAAAUGGAAAGUCCCACCUAAAUGUCAUUGGAGUUGGAAGCGGCGCCGGUGAGAUUGACCUAGAGAUGCUCUCUGAGCUCCGUCAGAAGCACCCAGGGGUGACGGUGGAUAACGAGGUGGUGGAGCCGAGCAGCCAGCAGCUACACGUCUACAAAGUUUCAGUGGCGCAGAAAAAAGAUAUAGAUUACAUCUCGUUCACCUGGAACAAGAUGACGGCCUCCGAGUUCGAGGAGCACUGGAAGGAGAAGAAGCCGACGAAGAAGGCGGACUUCAUCCACAUGAUACAGAUGCUGUACUAUGUGAAGGAUCCUGGAGCUACCAUCAGCUUUUUCCAGAGUCUCCUUGAUAAGAAUGGGAAGCUUCUUAUCAUUCUCGUCUCGGGGCGCAGUGGCUGGGGGAAGCUGUGGCGGACGCACAGGCAGGAACUCUGUACUCCCGACUUGAGUCAGUGUGUGACCACCGAGGACAUCAAAAGAAUCCUGGACUCCAAGGGUGUGCGCUACCAGAGCUACGAGCUGCCGUCUCAAAUGGACAUCACUGAGUGUUUCACUGAGGGCGACGAGGAGGGAGAGCUGCUUCUCGAUUUUCUCACCGAGGUGCUGAACUUCAGCAAAACAGCCUCGCCCGAGCUCAAAGCUGACGUGCUGAAGCUGCUCCGGCAGCCCGACUGCAGCGUGGAGUCCGAGGGCAGGGUCGUCUUCAACAACAACCUGGAGGCGAUCGUCAUCGAUCAACAGCCCUGAAAACAUGAGCGCUGCAUUUACAGUAGAUCCACUCCGUAGUUGUUCCAGUGACUGUAAACAACAUGUUUAGCUGUUUGUCAUGAAGCCGGUGGGAAAUAGAUGUUUCCUAUUAGCCGCUGUCACUUGUUUUAUUGUUGGUAAUUGUUCUAGAAUAAUUUUAUUAAUUCUGUGUAAUCUCUAAUAUGUUUGUGCAAAAUGAAAACGAUUUGAUUGUAUUUUGUUUUUAUUGACAUGAUCCACUCAAACAUUCCCACAGAAGAUGUGAAGAUCAGAGUGUUUAGAUUUUACCACAUCGUUUUUAAUGAACUAUAAUAAAUUAUUGGAAGAAUACAUAGAAAAAAAUAACAAGUCAUUUUCCCAUGAGGCUGUGCUCGUCUCAUCAGACUGUCUGGAUGGUACGUUGAAGCGGCUGCAGGUCGUAUUUACACUGAUUCCCAAAAUAAAAACCUAAAGGACCUGUU